GAAAAUGCGAGACUACGACAAAUUAAAUUAAAUUUAGAAUCAAGAGCUGUUUCUGCUCCUCCCAUACAGACCCCGCCCGCUUUUAUCAGGCCACACCUACUAAUGAACCUACACGUACCACCAUCAUGCGGUCCUCCAUCACUAGUAGAUAGACCAGUGGGUGGAGUCAAUACAUUAACCACCUUCCCAUUAAGAGGAACCGAUACUCCAGAAAGGGCUACUGUUUCAUCAGAUUCAAGAUCAUUUCCACCGCCUCCUCCUAGACCAAAUGAUCCCUCACUAACUAUAGGAAGGAGAAUUAUUCCAAGAGAAGCUGGGCCUGACACUGUUAUAUCCCACCCUCCCCGGUCAUCAAUGAGGCGGUCAGGUAGCUCUGGAGGGACUACCUCCUUCACAUUACCCUCAAUUGUAUCCUCAGUCACUGUUAGGAGACCAACUGUUGCUAUGACGCCAGCCGUCAAUGACUUGGCAGUUUUAUCCUGCAUUAGAGCAAGGGCUCAGGAAAGGGGCAGGGCUGUAGGUGGGGCCUCAAGAGGAGGAGGUGAGAAGAGGAAACUUGAGACCGACUCAAUGAGACCUCCCAGUAGAAAGAGAGUAUUAAACUCACUGAUUGCUCCUGGAAGACUGAGUAUAAGGACACCACCAAUUGAUGGGAGAAUGGGUAAUUAAAU